AACCUCAACCUCAAACAACCACCCAGUCAACCCGUCACUUCCACAUUUCUCAGGUAGGAAGGGCAAGAUGGGUCGCGUCAUCCGCAACCAGCGUAAGGGCGCUGGCAGCGUCUUCACUGCCAACACCCGUCUGCGGAAGAACCCCGCGAAGUUCCGCACCCUCGACUACGCCGAGCGCCAUGGCUACAUCCGGGGUCUUGUGAAGGAGAUCAUCCACGACCCCGGCCGUGGUGCGCCCCUCGCCCGCGUCGUCUUCAACUCGCCCUACAGGUUCAAGAAGAUCACUGAGACCUUCAUUGCCAAUGAGGGCAUGUACACUGGCCAGUUCGUCUACGCCGGCAAGAACGCCGCCCUGACCGUCGGCAACAUCCUUCCUCUCUCCUCCAUUCCUGAGGGUACCGUCGUCUCCAACGUCGAGGAGAAGCCCGGUGACCGUGGCGCUCUCGGCCGCACCUCCGGUAACUACGUCACUGUUAUCGGCCACAACCCCGAUGAGGGCAAGACCCGCAUCAAGCUCCCCUCGGGUGCCAAGAAGGUCGUCAGCAGCAACGCUCGUGGCAUGAUCGGCAUCGUUGCCGGUGGUGGCAGGACAGACAAGCCUCUCCUGAAGGCCUCGCGUGCCAAGCAUAAGUUCGCCGUCAAGCGCAACCGCUGGCCCAAGACUCGUGGUGUUGCCAUGAACCCGGUUGACCAUCCUCACGGUGGUGGUAACCAUCAACACAUUGGUAAGGCGUCUACCAUCUCGAGGUACGCUGCGCCGGGUCAGAAGGCGGGUCUCAUUGCUGCGAGACGGACGGGUCUGCUGCGUGGUACCCAGAAGACGAAGGAGUAAGCGCUUUCACGGGUUCUACAUCUGGGCAAGGGGUUCAUCGGAUUGCAUUGGUCUUUUGCUGCUUUGUAGUUAUGGGACUGCGAAGGCGGACGGGAAACUUGCUCUUUUGCGCAAGCUAUCAUGGGCGUGAAAUGAAUAAAAGAUUCCCAAGCGCGGUCGGGACGGGGCUUGUUUGCAAGGCAAUGUACUCGAGAAUCCGGCGUCGCAGGGGAGAAACGGAGCAGGCCAUGCAGUCAGGGCAUUACUCUUUGGGAAUCAAGCAGCGCGAACUCCUCGCUUCCGAGGCGAUAUUGCGGGGCAUCCUGAUUGAGUCGUGACGGGCAAAGUGAGCGGGACGGGGCCGGUCGCGGGCGUAGAUAUGGGAAUGAACAAGAACAGAUCCAAUCCCAGCCAUCUGACGUCAAUCAGCAACGG